AUGCAGAAUCAAGAGCGCAUCCUCAGCAUCAUCGACGUGCGUGGCAGAAAGUUCGACAUCCCGGUUGACCGCAUCAUCGAAGCCAACAAUGCGUUCCUAGACAAGGCUAUGGUCGUAGAAGAGGAGUCUACCUGGCACAACCCCGUCUGCCGUCCUCCGGACAACCCCGAAGGCGUGGAGACCAUGGCGCACGUCCUGCUCAACGGCACCUUCGACAUCCCCGCAUCCAUCAUUGCCGGCGGCCGCCAGCUCGAGUACCUCGUGCACGUCGCCGGCGUCGGCGACGAGUACGCCGUUGCCAGCAUGGCCGAGCGCGCCUACUACCUGUUCACACAGCAACUCCACCUCUGCACGUCGUCGGACCACUUCAUCGCUGCUGUGCGCACCAUCUACGCGUACCCCAGGAGCAGCAUCGACGGCCAGGACAUGAUCUCAGCUAUGAAGAGGGUCGUCGUUUACUUUUUGGAAGCUCGCGUCGACGUUACGUGGAUCGUGUAUGCGCGUGCCUUGCUCUUUACAGAGGUCGGCGGCUUCGAAGCGGACUAUCGUGAUGCGCGGAAGAACGCGGCCAUUGCUUAA